GGCUUGUGAGUCAGUUUUCCGAUGGUCGGCGUAUGCGCCGUACAAAGUCCUACGACGAUUCAAUGGUGUACCUGCAGCAGAGCAGUGACGUCAGCAUGCUGCAGCUGUUCCUCAGCUACCUGGAGUCGGCGCCGCAGUUGCUACUGCAGGUCUACGUCACCUCGUCCAGGGACGGCUGGCAGCUGGUGCAGGCUGUCAGCGCGGCGCUCUCGCUCCUCUCGCUGGCCUGGAGCAACGCCUCGUACGCCAAGUGGAUGCGCAAGUCCCGGGGCGACAAGCGGCCGCUGGGCUGGACGGCUGCCACCCUGCAGCUGCUCUGGCGCCUGUGUCUCCUGCUGGCGCGCACGUCCGCUCUGCUGGCGUUCUCGCUGCUGUACUCCGGCUGGGUGCUGCUGCUGCUGGCCGUCCGCUGGCUGCUGAUGACCGGCUGGGUGCUGGCCCAGCGCACCGACCUCUUCCCCACGCCCGCCGAGGAGCGACUCUUCAACACCGUCGUCGGCGCCAUCUACUGCUUCUCCUUCUUCAACGUCAAGGAGACGCCGGCCCGCUGGCGCAUGCUUGCCUUCUACGCGCUGACGUUCGCCGAGAACGGCGUCCUGGCGAUGCUCUUCUUCUUCUACUGGCCGCGCCCCGGCGACUGGCUGUACUUGGCGCUGCUGGUGAACAUCCCCGCCGGCACCGUCCUGGGCUCCGCCGUCAUGCUGCUCUACUACCGGCUGUUUCACCCGAACGCGGGCGGCUGCGGCGGCGGAGCCUCCGCUCGGCCGGCGGCGUCUCUCUGGCGUCACAACCCGACCCUGUGA